CUCACCUGCUGACUCUGCCCUCUUGGGAAAGAUGGGGAAGGGCUACAAGGUGGUGGUUUGUGGAAUGGCCUCAGUGGGAAAGACUGCGAUCUUGGAGCAGCUUCUCUAUGGAAAGCACACUGUUGGGUUGGAAGAGGGUGCCACGAUGGAAGAUGUGUAUUUGGCGUCGGUGGAGACAGACCGAGGCGUGAAGGAACAGUUACGACUUUACGACACCAGGGGUCUGCAGGAGGGCGUAGAAUUGCCAAAACACUAUUUCUCUGUCGCUGAUGGCUUCGUGCUCGUGUAUGCUGUGACCAGCCUCGAAGCUUUCCAAAGAGUCGAACUGCUCAAAAAGGAGAUCGACGUCUUUAGAGACAAAAAGGAGGUAAUGGUUAUUGUCUUGGGAAAUAAAACUGACCUCCUGGAGCAAAGGCAAGUGGAUGCAGAAGCAGCACAGCAAUGGGCAAGGGCUGAGAAAGUGAGGCUGUGGGAAGUGACUGUAACAGAUCGGAAAACGCUGCUUGAGCCCUUCACCUUCUUAGCUAGCAAACUCUCCCAGUCUCAGAACAAAUCAACAUUUCCCUUGCCUGGAAGGAAGAGCAAAGGGAAUAACUGUGAUAAUUAAGCUACCUUAACGUUGUCUGCUGCUGUCAGGUCACAGCCUAAGUCCUUUCUCUGCCAUUUGCUUCUCGCUGUUUCACUUAAAGCAAUAAUCUCAUUCAGCAAUAAAAUCAGCAAGCUUAUGGCUA